UAUCCGGUUAAUAUUUCUUGUGACAGAAAAUAGUAGGGAAGUUGAUGAAUACGGUACUUUAAGUAUAAUAUUUAUUCUAGAUUGUAGAUAAAACUGAAAACAAUGAUGGGACAGGGAUAUCCAAGACCUCUUCAACCUAAGAAAAGUCCUAUUUCAGAUGAUUACCGUCUAACAGGUUCUGUUCUCGGUUUGGGAAUUAACGGCAAAGUACACGAAUGUUAUUCCAGGCAAACACAACAAAAAUAUGCACUGAAGGUUUUAAAAGAUGUACCUAAAGCCAGACGUGAAGUUGACCUCCACGUUAGGGCCUGUUAUGGAAGUAACCACAUAGUUAAAAUUCAUGAUGUGUAUGAGAACCAGUAUGGUGGACAAAAAUGUCUUCUAGUUGUUAUGGAAUGUAUGGAAGGAGGUGAAUUAUUUACUCGCAUUCAAGCAAGAGCAGACACAGCAUUUACAGAAAGAGAAGCAGCUUCCAUCAUGAAAGAUAUUGCUAAUGCAAUAUUUCAUUUACAUUCCAUGGACAUAGCCCACAGAGAUUUAAAACCAGAAAAUUUGCUGUAUUCUGAUAAAUCUGAGAAUGGAGUUCUGAAAUUAACAGAUUUUGGCUUUGCCAAGGAAAGUGGACAGCUCAAAUCUUUACAGACCCCAUGCUAUACACCCUACUAUGUUGCCCCUGAAGUUUUAGGACCUGAAAAGUAUGAUAAAUCCUGUGAUAUGUGGUCAUUGGGUGUCAUCAUGUAUAUUUUGCUUUGUGGUUACCCGCCUUUUUAUAGCAAUCAUGGUGCUGCCAUUUCACCAGGCAUGAAAAAGAGAAUACGAAACGGUCAGUAUGAAUUUCCUGACCCUGAGUGGAGUCGAGUUAGUCCUGAAGCAAAAGACCUCAUUAAAGGAUUACUGAGAACAGAUCCUGAUAAAAGAUUAAACAUUUUACAAGUUAUGCAAAAUAAAUGGAUAUCUGACAACACUCAAGUACCACCAACACCUCUCAUGUCAGCCCAGGUGUUGAGAGAAGAUGUUGAAUCCUGGAUGGAUGUACAGGAAGAAAUGACAAAUGCCUUAGCCACUAUGAGGGUAGACUAUGAUAGAGUUAUUAACAUCAAGAACUUGACCCAGUCUAAUAACCCAUUGCUAAAGAAAAGGAUGAAACAGUUGCCAGGUGGGGCAGCCGGGAUGUAGGACCAGCCAAUGUUGUAUCAUCCUCAUCAGAGCAGUUCAUCUCAUGGCUUUCAUUACUAAGUUGACUCAUUAGAGACCUGGAAUAUCAAAUUUAUACUUGAUUUUGGCUAGAAGCAUUGGAUGGGAAAAUGGUGGUGCAAACUAACUUUUAUAUUGUGAUAUGUGUGCUGCCAUUCAUUUUAUAAUAUUCGACUGAUUUUCUUUAAGCAAAGUUUAUUAGGAUAUUUUUUAUUUGCAACAGAAAUGUGACUUGACCAUUAUUCAGUGGUUUUCUUAAUGUGUUUCUCAGAAUUUGAAGCUGAAAUUUUUUUCUGUUGGUGUUUGUCAAGUUUGAUUGUCUAAAAAAUGUAUCAAAAUGUGCUAGAAAACCUUGGUCUUUUACUGUGGAUAGAAUUGAUUGACUAGACCUCUAUUUCAUGCUUCCAUUUUUAAACUUUACUGUUUAUGUUAUUUCAUCAAGUCCACAUUUUCUCAGCGCCCUCACAUUACCCACACAUACACACACACUCACACACAUACACACUAACUCACCAGCUUGUUGGAAACAUGGUUGCUAAAAAAAUUGCAAUGUUAUCAAUAUAAGUUGUACACAUAAAAG